AUGGCUGCCAUGUUGCCGCCUCAGGGUGUUCGCCGAGGUGAUAUCCUGGAGGUCGUCCAUGAAUUCAGCGGUCGCGGUGAAGAUGAACUCACUUUGAAGCCUCUCGAAAAAAUCGAAUUGGUCGAACUCGACGAAGAGUUUGGCGACGGAUGGUACUUGGGCAAACUUCUCGACACAGACAAAACCGGUCUCUUUCCAGGCAAUUACACCCGGGCUGCCCCCUCAAAUUACACCAAGGCACCUCUGACGGUCUCGAUCCCUGAAGAAACUGUCGCGUCCGAGACAACCGAGUCACCCGCGCAGAUGGAGCCGGCGGCAUCGGCAGAACCAUCAUCGGUCGCUAGUGGCGAAACCACCCCCCAGGCAUCGCGACACGCCAGUGCCUCUGAUAUCCAACCGCCGCAGGUGGAUUCUCCGCAGCCACAGCGAUCUGCCUCCUCUCCGCUGCCGCGCCCCAGCCUGGCAGCCGAUAUCCAGCAAACCUUCCGUAAUUCAAUCGACAGCCACAUCAACGGCGAGGAAAGCCCGGUCAUGAACGAGACUUUGAGCGUCAUUGAUGAACAUAUUACCGAUAUGAAUACUCCUCGCCACAGCAUCUCAACUCAAGAACCGAAAGCGGUUAAUGAUUCUGGCAGCGAGUACAGCAGCCACCUGUCCCAAAGCAUUUCGUUCAUCAACGGACACGAGACCGAUGAUGAAGAUCGGGCCCAGCCGACCGAAGAGCAGGUGCGCAAAUGGAAUCAGACUGAGACGGCCAAGCAUCUGCGUGGCCUUGGCGUGGAACCCAGACAUUGCGACCUCUUUGAAGAGCAAGAAAUCACAGGCGAUGUUCUUCUCGACAUGGACCAAGAUUUUAUUUUCAUGAAGGAAUUCGACUUUGGCGUGAUGGGAAAACGGCUCAAGACCUGGCACAAGGUGAAAGCUUUCCAAGAGGAGGUCAAGGGCCUGAAGCAACCAGCUCAGCAGUUGGGAGGCUCCACCAACCUUGCCGGUGCUGACGAACGCGCAUUGUCCCGUGCUGGUCACACGGGACCUCUUCUCCCCCGAAUUCCAUCCCUCUCCGACAAGAUGGGUUCAGGAUACGGUCCGCCUCGAGCCUCGGUUCCUACUGGACACCCACGGUUGGCCAGUAACACCAGCUCUCCCAUCACCCCCCACACUCCUCCGUAUGGCCAUGAUUCGCCGCGACGGAUCUCUGCAGCAUCGAUCAGGGAAUUCAAUCACACUCGCCGCCAUUCCUCCAUUGAUUCCACUCAUCGUGGCAUGUCUGACCACGCGAUCAAUGGCUCUCAUCCGAAGAAACCGUCGUUUGACCGGGCUUGGACCCUAAAUACCGGAACUGGAGCUCUGCCCUCUCGCCCGGGGACCUCGUUGGGCACCACGUCCGAUGGCCCGCGAACUUUCCGAAGCCCGCUACCCACCGAGCCCGACUCGCUCAUCACCACCUCUGAGCAAUAUGAUGACUUGGACCGGGGCUACUUCUCAGGAACCGAGGUGGAUUCGCGCCGAAAUCGCCGGGUUCUGCAAAAGCGCGGUUCGACCGGAGGCAGCAUCACUCAUUCGCGUCAGUCAAGCUUCACCGACGAUGCGGGUUGGGUCAAGUUCUCGAAUCGCCGCCGUUCUCGAAUUAGCAGUGUCGACUCGAUCCGCGAUGCGGCCAAGCAUGUCUCUCCUGCAGCCCAAGCCUACCAUGGCACCCCGCCCCCUAAAAGCCGGCUCCGAAGUCUGAGCACGCGCGUUUCCGAGAAAAGCGGGCAUCAAUCGCAGCCCUCCUCCGCCACUGAAAGCAAGCCCGGAUUCUUCGCCAGCUUUGCUCCUCUGGUUGGAAAGGGAGAUGCGGAAGGCUUCGCCCGCUCUUCGCCGCUGCACUUCCAGAAUCUGAAGAAUGCUGGCCCCAAGUUCCGGCGGGCAGUGGGUCUUCGUGCCAUCUCUGAUGUCGUCGGUAAAGGAAUCGAUAUUUCUGCUCCAGUCUCGCCGCGCGACUAUGAUCCCAUGUCAGCCCGAACCGGGUCCACAACCCCGUCGGCUACCUCUAAAAGCUCGGAGCGGCAUAGCACGGAUGGAUCGGGGAAAGCUGCAGAUGGUACCGGUGUGUCAGGUCGCCCUCGGAUGGUGAAAUCAAAGAAAGACACCAGUGCGUAUAUUCGCGGACUGGAGAAGAAAACGCCCCAGGAACAGAUGAUUGGCUGUGACUAUAGUGGAUGGAUGAAAAAACGAUCUUCGAAUCUGAUGACGACAUGGAAGCCUCGCCUGUUCGUCCUUCGGGGUCGCCGUCUGUCGUACUACUAUUCCGAGAAUGAUACAGAGGAGAGAGGCUUGAUCGACAUCACCUCUCACCGUGUGCUGCGGGCGGACCAUGAUCCCAUCAUUGCUCUGCAUGCGACCAUCACCGGGUCCACGGCGUUGCCAGCCCAUGCCAGCCCGGGCGAUCAUUCGGGGGGUGUCAAGUCCAUCCCUCCGUCGGUCCUUGCGUCCUUUACCCACAAAGAUGGUAAUGGGCCGUUCUUCUUCAAAUUGGUGCCCCCCAAGAUGGGCAAUUCACGGACCGUCCAAUUCACCAAACCGGCCAUUCAUUACUUCCAGGUUGAUAAUGUCCAUGAAGGUCGCCUGUGGAUGGCGGCUCUGAUGAAGGCGACCAUCGAGCGCGAUUUGGAUCAUACGGUGGAGACCACCAACAAGCAGAAGACCAUCAGUCUGAAGCAAGCGCGGAUGAUGAACCAGCGACCUCCGGCACUGAUGGGCGCCCCCGCCAACCCAGAGAAUGAACCUCCGAUCGAGGAGGGCGAUGAAAACGCCGAGCUCCAGAUCGAGAGCUUGAAUAUCGAAAAGUCGAUUUCCUCCGACACCAACUCUUUUGAAGAUGCCAAAGUCGACCAGGACUAUGAACCAAAGGCCGCCGACCGACCGCAGUCGAAUCCUCUGGGAGUGGAAUCCGGACACUCGCCCUUGCUCCCGGACCCCUUGGCUAAGACCGAGUCCAAAUAA